CCGCCUGAAUCAAGAGUCUUCAUUCCAGAUAGAAUUAGUGCACAGUGCCCAUUUAAUAAUGGUGGACUCUGAAGCCCACACAAUAGAAACGUCAAAGAGGCAUAAUGACCUCUUCUACAGGCAGGAUCCCUCGACUCACGUCAGGGCCAUUGUCUUCGUGUACUUGAAGAGCUUCUCGUCUGAUUGGACGAUGCUGAAGCCCAGUCAUCUGUGCACGAUGAAUCCCAGUGUCACGUAUGGGGAGAAGUUCGUCUCUUUCUAUUCUACAAGCCGGUGACAGAUAUUGCCAGCUAUGACGCACGCUCUUCUAGGGACAUAAAAAGACAAAUGUUUAUGAAGAACUGGAUCGACCGAUUACAGUCAGCUAUAUUCUCUCACUCCGUUUGUAUAUAAGCUCGGGAGUCCUUCACUGCCAAAUCCAGCACAUGGGUUUCUCAUCUAUCAUUGGUACCUCUCAGCGCAUUCUCUUCGCAAUCCGAUCUUGACACAUCAUUCUCCUUCUCAUUUAGCUGGACAUCCCCAACACAAUCUCCGAGCACCAUCCAUAAAAGUCUACCGAUCUCGACAUUUGGGUUUCGCAGUGCAAAGCCUCCCCCAGUUUCUCAUUUCCUUCCCCCGACGACAGUCUCCAGCAGCCACGGCUGAGCCUGUCGCAGGGUGACCAAUCGACCAGUCGACCGUACGUCCAGCCACAUUGUGGAGAUGCUCACAUCCGAGGAGCACGUCUGGAGCUCGAAGCUGAGAGUGCUUGCAGCCUCGGUGGUCUUGCUUCUCGCGUUCGAAGGGGUACACAUUUCUCAGGCAAGCACAGUGAGCGACACGUACAAUCACACUCACAGUACAGCCUUCCUCAGUCCCACACCAGUUACGGAAUCCGUGCGUUCCAGUAACAUCGGAAGCAAAGCUCUCGUACCGGAGCCGAGUAUCGUACUCGAUUACCACCUCGGCCCCGUCAUGACAGGCCGAAAUAAUACUCUCAAGCUGUUUGUGAUUUACUACGGCGGGUUCAGUGAUCAGCAGAGAUCAACCUUGCGCCUGUUCUUCCGAUCGUUGCGGCAGCAACGAGCGAGCAGGAAAGAGCCCACAGUCGCCAAGUGGUGGGAAAUCACAAACCUCUACGUCGACCUUUUCAAUCACCCGGUGGCGAGCAACGUGGUUCUGGCAGGGGAAGCGGUGGAUCGGUACUCUCUGGGCAAGUCCAUCAAGCAGAUGGACAUCCAGAAACUCGUUCUGAAAUUCAUGCGAAAGAAGUUCGGAAUCGAUUCACGAUCUAUCUACAUCGUCCUGACCUCGGACGACGUCCAGGUGGAGAGAUUCUGCAUGAAUGUCUGCGGGACGCAUUUCUACACCUUUCCUUCCGAUGAGACGAACUCUCAGAUGGUGCCUUACGGAUGGGUGGGCAACCCGGCGCAGCAGUGUCCAGGACUGUGCAGCUGGCCCUACGCUCCGGGAGGUUUCCUGCAGCAGGGUCUCAUUCCACCCAACGGAGACGCCGGUAUCGAUGGUAUGAUCAUCACAAUUGGUAACCUCCUAGCAGGUAUAGCGACCGAUCCAUUCGGCAACGCUUACUUCCAAGCCGACGGCCUCGAAGCUGCCGGAGUUUGUCAGGGAAUCUAUGGCACUGGGGCCUUCCCGGGCUACCCAGGAGAAUUGCUGGUCGACAAAAUCACCAAUGCAAGCUUUAACGUGUACGGGAAAAGAAAUUCUAAGUUUCUUCUCACACACCUUUGGCAUCCGACAACUCGUCAAUGUGCAGGGCAAGUUUGAUACAGCCAACAAUUGUGCGUUUUCCUGCAUGUAAAUAUAUGGUUUAACUUCCUGGAAGAAAGCGCGCUGAUAUCGAGUGUCGUUGGGUGUCUUCCACAAUCUGAAGCUCGGCAGUUUAGAGGAAUCGAGUUUGCAUUCAGCGAUUUCAUCAUGAGUCACUGUCCAGCUUACAAGUGAAAUCAAGCUUAACUUCAAAAGUCGCCACGUCUACUGGCUGUUGACUUCAACACCUGAGGACUGAGUGAAUCCAUUUUUGGUGCCAAGUUUGACCGGUGGGGCCCAAUCUUUCGAAAGAUUUUGGUUCUCUUCUGGCAAUGUAAAUAGCUGGCAGUUUCGAUUUGCAUCACAGAAUCAACGAAUUCUUUCUCCAAACGACGUUUGGGCUUAAAGUCAAGCACAGGUAUUCGAGUGAGAUAUGGAAUUCGGGAAGCAACAGUAGUCUAAACACUGUCAAUCAUAUAGCUUCAGUCGUGCAGCUGGUUUGAUGCUUACUUAGAUACCUUCAUUCGGAAUCUGGUGAUCCACUUGGCAAAUUCACCCAACUUGUAGUCCAGUUGUGCACAGACGAUAUUCUGAACUAAUCAAACAUGAUCCUGGCUUUACACAAAUCCUUAAAGCGAGUGCAAUCGGAUGUAUGCUGCGUCAGACUCCACCUCAG